AUGUCGAGAGAGCAACAUACAUUCACAUCAGAGGAUCGAAGUCUAACGCUUUCUGUCCUUACUCAUGAUGAUUACAAACGUGAAGGUGUUUGCUUGAUGUCUAUAGCAACGUCAUCGCCAUACCCUCAUUCAACGGUUGUUACUGACAAAUAUGCAGGAAAAACAGCUGACACAGACGACCAUCACGUUAUUAUUCCAGUUGUGGCGUCCUCUAUUGCAACUUUCGUCUGCUUGGCAGUUGUAAUUUUUAUCGUAAUAAUUUGUAGAAGGCAUCGGUCUGUUAAAGAAAAAAGAAACAAUCAAUCAAAUGAAGUCACAAUGUCUGACUUAGAAACUAACAUAGAACAAAGCGAGUAAGAUACUAACACUUACGAAAUACCUGACCAAAAAUUUUAUGAAGGUCUAGAUAGGCAAGACAAUACUCCAUCGGGUGAAAUGUACCAGCAUCUGUAUACAGAAACCAA